AUGGCGGCCUCCAGCUCUGUCCUCGAUGGUGUAUUUGGCAUUAAUAAGCCAAUUGGGUUGAGUUCCGCUCAAGUGAUUAGGGAUUGCCAACACCACUUUAACCCCUCUACCUUUUUCAAGCCUAUGAUAGAGUUUGAGACGGCCAGUAGGGCCAAUGAGGCACAAAAUCGCAAACAACGACGAAGUCAUUCGAAGCGAGACAUACGAGUGAAGAUGGGCCAUGGCGGUACACUGGAUCCCCUUGCUACUGGUGUGCUGAUUCUCGGUGUUGGAAAGGGUACAAAAGCACUUCAAUCUUUUCUAGACUGCACCAAGACGUACGAGACCGUAGUCCUUUUCGGCGCUAGUACCGACACUUAUGACAGGGUCGGAAAGAUUCUCAAGAAGACAAGCUACGAUCAUAUCACCCGCCCCAUGGUAGAGGAGGCGCUAAAUUCGUUCAGGGGCAAGAUUGAACAGAUACCCCCUCUUUACUCUGCCCUAAAGAUGGCCGGAAAGCCACUUUAUGAAUACGCUAGGGAGGGCAGGCCAAUCCCGCGUGAGAUCGCAACAAGGGAAGUCGAGGUGACUGAACUCGAAUUAGUGGACUGGUAUGAGCCCGGCGAGCACUCUUAUCGCUGGCCGGCUGAAGAGGCCACCACCUUCGAACAAAACUUUGCCGAGCAAGUCUGGAAAGUGGAAAAGCAGCAGAUGAGCUCCAAGAAGCUUACCCCAGAAGAGGAAGAAGAGGAGUCGAAGGCCUUGAAGGAGCAUGAGAACUUCAAGCGGAAGGCUGACGAAAAUGUCGAUGCGCUCGUUUAUGACCGGGUCAACAAGCGCCGAAGACCUCCAAAGCAGACCCCGUUGAUGUCAGGGGCGUUAGGCGAUCUCCCUGCGGCAAACCCCCCACCUCCUGGCAGAGGAUCGAACUUGAUCCCAGAAGCCUCCGAUCCAAAUGCUCCUCCACCCUGGGAGGGUAAAGGACCACCGGCUGCGAGGAUCCGGAUGACCGUGACAUCUGGUUUCUACGUUAGGAGCUUUUGCCAUGACUUGGGCAUCAAAGUAGGGUCGGCUGGAAUCAUGGCAGAGCUUUGCAGAAGCCGACAAGGAGUUUUCGUCUUAGGAAGUUCCAAUUGCUUGGAAUAUUCGGACCUGGCAAAAGGCGAGGCUGUCUGGGCGCCACAAGUGAGAGAUGCAUUAUCCCAGUGGAAUAGUAGCCCCACGAGCGUAACCACUCAGGCCCUGAGAGCCUUAAUGGUCAACCGAAAUCACCCUACAACCGAGCACGAGCAAGAUCCAUCUAUAACGAAAUCAAAGGAAUCAGAUGAGAUUGAUGGAACUAUGGACAGUUCGUCAAGCAAGGCACAUGCACUACUACCUUCCCAGAAUCAAAACAUUGAGACAGUGGAGGGCUCAGAGCCCCAAGAAACCCAGGGUGAAGGUGAUUCCGCGAAUGCGCCGCAAACUACUAAGUCAGAACCCACCGACGUGGAUGCUGACGCUGUAUCCUGGAAUGGGUUUGCCGAUAUUCCUGGCGCUUUGAAAUAA